AUGGACUUCGUGGAAGGCUUACCUGUUUCUGAUGGAUACAAUGCAAUCAUGGUGGUAGUGGAUAGACUAUCGAAGUAUGCGCAUUUCAUCGCUGUGUCUCAUCCUUUUACAGCAGCUCAAAUUGCAACAAUAUUCAUGAGAGACAUAUUUCGCCUGCACGGCACUAGUAAUGUUCAAUCCGUGGAUAAGUCCUUACAAUCCAGGGACCAACUGCUGCUGAAUCUUCGUUCCCAUCUCCAACUUGCUCAACAUAGAAUGAAGCAGUUUGCUGAUCGCAAACGCACUGAACGUGAGUUUUUGGUGAACGAUUGGGUGUUUUUGAAGAUACACCCAUAUCGGCAGAAAUCUUUGGCCAACCGCACAGUUCACAAGCUCUCUCCUCGUUAUUAUGGGCCAUAUCAAAUCUUGGAGUGCAUUGGCACGGUAGCAUACCGCCUCAAACUCCCUCCCAAUUCCAAAAUUCAUCCUGUCUUCCAUGUGAGUCUGCUAAAGAAGAGAAUCGGUGAAGGCUUGCCUGUGUCCACCACUUUACCUCAAUUUGAUAGCUCAGGGGACAUUAUAUGGCAACCACUUCGCGUUCUAGACAUGGGAGUUCGCACGAAAAAGAAACAACGCAUUACCACAUGGUUGGUUCAAUGGAAAAGCAUGUCUGAAGAAGAUGCCACUUGGGAGGAUGCAAGAACCAUGGUGUGCAAGUUUCCAGAUUUUUGUGUCCGAGGACGUGCACAAUCUCAUGGGGGGAGCACUUGA